UUACCAAAAUAAUUUCAACUUAAAAAAAAAAAAAAAAAUCCGUUUCCUUUCCUCAAACAAGAAGUCUACUAAUCUGCAACUUUCUCGACACUUUCUCGGAACUCUCUGUUUUCGUUUAGUUAAGACUUUAAGCUUGAUUCUUACCAUGGCCACCUUCAUUGAAAGUGAUAUGAUCUUUUAGGCUGCUAUUUUAAAUUUGGUCACCCGAAAGACUUUAGACUACUUCAGUCUUCAUCUACGGUGAGUGCAUAAUCUUCUCCAAGUCUUUGAAAUAAGAUUUUCAUCGUUAGUUUUGGACUAUAUUUUUGGUGACUUUUCAACAGAAGGGUGGCCCCAUUUUAUACAAAAUAAGAAGGGGGAGUAUGGCCCAAUACCCCUCUUUUGAAAGCGUUAAUAAAAAUUACCCUUUCCGUUUUGAAUUUUUUUUAUCUACCCAUCUCUUUUUCAUUAUUCCAACUAUACUCUUUUUCUUAUCUUAUUUCUAUCCCACAGUCCACAUUUCAUGCUGAAUGUCCAGCCUCACCCACCUGAUUGAUGUCCUGCUUGUCUUCGUUGACUGGCUCUUCCUCUACUUUUCCCGUGACUACUCUCUCGUUCUGCUCGGUUUCGCCAUCGUCGACUGAUUCAUCGUGGUGGGGACUCGGGGUGGUCACUGUCGUGUCUCUUUUGCUGAUGGGAGUGUGGGUCAUAGAUGAAAAUAAAGCAGGGGUAAGCUAACUUUUGUGCAACUGAUGAAGGCACUUGCAGAAUAUUUCAGCACAUCUUCGUUCAUGAGAGAAAAGCAUGGAAAUGUGACUAAAGAGCAUCCCUUUUCUUCUGACUGGUUUUGGACCGUCGAAAUAAAAAUGGGAUAAGAAUCAUUCAGUUUGUAAUUGAUAGUUAUGUGAUCCAGCUUCUGUGGAACGGAUCUUACAAUUUUUAGGAAAUUGAAGCAGGAGGUGUUUUUUCCAAUGAGCUUAUGGGUUUUUCGGGGAAAGAGGAUCAAAGAGAGCAGAGGUAUGGAAGGUUCUUUAUAAUGGUUGUUAAGGGAAAAAAGCAAAGUAAUUUUUUAUUUUUAUUGGGGGCAAAAUUGAAAUUAAGGGGUAUAUUAAAAAAAUCUGGAAAGGAGAGGAUAGAUUUCAUUACCCACUUAUUUUGAUGGCUAUGGGGCCAAAUUCUCCAGAUAAGAAUGAAUCGAGGUGGUUCAUGGUAAAUUCCUCUUAAGCCCAUUGACUGAGUUAACGAGCCCUGACUUUUCAUCAGAAGGGUGGCCCCAUUUUAUACAACAAAAGAAUGAAUCGAGGUGGUUCAUGGUCAGCUGAGAGAGGUUUGUCGUUCCCAACUCGAACGGAAGAAAAGACAGAGCAAGUUAAAACCAUUGUACUUAAUAUACAGAAUAGAUUUCUAUCUUUUCCUUGCCUUUUUGUAUUUUUUCUUUUGACAUUCCUUAAUUUGCUAUUUGUAAUGUCUACCGCAUCCAAAAGAGGCUGUUCUUCUCCUAGUUCUUCCUUUGAAUCUCCAUAUGUGUCUAUUGAGCUUCUUUCCUACUUGAAACCUGAGCAAAAGACGCCAUUUCAGGUACUCAGAGAAGUUGUCAUGCCAGAAUUUAAGCGGCAUUUAUCAAACGGAAAGCAAUUCCUUCCUCCACCUGAAGAAACCCACAACGGCAAUGGCAACAUCAUCACCGUCUCCGCGGCGGACGAUGCCGGCAGCAGCGUAACCGAGGAGGAUUCCGGGAACUACUCAAAUUUGCAUGCAGUGUUUGAUGAAAUUCAGAGAGAUGUCAACUAUAUCUACAAGGCAUGUGGGAAGCUGGAGCGAUGGGAAGCUCUCGUCAACUCUGAAAUAAAAGGUUUAGUAUUCCAGAGGUUGGACGAUGGUUUUAAAGAGAGAAUGAAUACGUCGUCGUCGUCCUUGGAUAACACUGUCAGAACCAAAUUUGAGGUUCAGCUGGAUAAACUUCUCAAGGUUCACAAAAUCAUAUCGGAUUUGAAGAAUUCGAUAUGUUCACAACCUGAGCUGGCCCCCUCAGCUGAUCUGGAAUCAGAGAGCUUUAAAAGUGCUACCUCGUCCAUGACAAGACAAGGGAUAGUUAAUUUCCCGGUCCAAUUGCCGGUCGUAAACAUCGGGAGAGAAAUCGCGGAGGUAUCAACUUUCGAAGAAAUUCAGGCAAUCUACAAUGGUCUAGAUGUUACAUUGAAGCUCUGUUUGCUGUGCUUCUCUGUUUUCCCUGAAAACGCAAUUAUAAAGAAGAAAGUUUUGGUCCAUUGGUGGGUUGGAGAGGGAUUCAUAGACUUCUCCUCAUCCAUUACGGAUCAAGGAGGCAAAACUGUGGAGCAGAUUGGAUAUGGGUAUUUCAAAGAUCUCAUUGCGAAACGAAUCAUCGAGCCCGUCUACAAGAAGAGGAGGCCAGGAGCUGACAGCUGCAAGAUGAACCCUUUAAUUCGUUAUGCUGUAAUCAAUCUUGCUGAGAGAGCAGGGUUUGUUGACUUUGACAGUGAUAGAAAUCCCACCGCAAAAUUCACUGAUUCGCGGAGGGCAUUUUUAGUAAGAACCAAAGAAAGAUCAUCUAUGGAGGAGCUAACCAAUAAUUUCAAUUUGAAACAGGAAAAUGUUCAGACACUGUUCAAUGUGAGUGAGACCAAUUUUGGUUUCAGGCAAGACUGGUUCUCAAAGAUGAAGUAUGUGAAAGUACUUCAGCUGGGUAGGUGGCAAAGCUCGGUCAAGCAUGUUAUUGAAGCAGAAGACAGUGGGUUCUUGAAGGGCUUGAAGAAAAUGAAACAGCUUAGGUACUUAAGCCUUAGGGGAGUGUCCAGAAUCACAGAGCUUCCUGAUUCAAUUUGCAAGCUUAGGAAUCUGAGGAUUCUGAACCUUAAUGGGUGCAGAGAUUUAGAGAAACUCCCAGAUGGGAUUGGAUCGCUGGAUAAGCUGACGCACUUGGACAUGUAUGAAUGCUUCUUGAUAAGCCGCAUGCCUAGAGGACUUGCUUUGCUUUCAGAACUCCAAGUCCUCAAAGGCUUCGUGGUUGGAAAAAAACCAAGCUCGGGAGAAGACCAGGACCACUGUAAGUUGAAGGAUUUGGCAAAAUUGGAGAAGCUAAAGACGUUGAGAAUCCAUAUGGAUAAAAGCUCUUCUCUGACAGAUCAAGUGCAAGAACUAAGCUGUUUGGAACAGUUCAAAAAGCUGAGGUCGUUGUCAAUAUCUUGGUCAAGGAUUUAUGGCUCGUCUGCUCCCAAAAGGAACAUCCAGAGGAUGAUCACUACUAUUUACUCAAUGCGAUCGGUUCCAAGAACGCUUCCUUCUUUUUCUUCUCCCUCACUUCCUGUUCUAUUAGAGAAGCUGGACCUCCAUUAUUUCCCUGAAUCUACAAUGCCUGAGUGGUUGGUGCCGGAUCGGCUGAAGCAGCUAAAGAAGCUGUAUAUCAGAGGAGGAGUACUCGGGGAUCUGGGGCAGGAGUGUUCCACAUCGCCAUGGAGUAGUGUCAAGGUUUUGCGCUUGAAAUUCUUAAGUAAAUUGCAGAUUGAGUGGCGAGAAGUGCAGGCUUUGUUUCCCAACUUGGUGUACUUAGAGAAAUUCAAAUGUCCUAAACUUAGUUUCUUUCCAUGCGAUCAGAAUGGAGUAUGGGAAAAAGCAGAAGAUCAUACAAAUUAAAGCAUGAAUUGGUUACUAGGAAAUUGGUUAGUGUUAGUAACUAAUUUGAUCUUUUUUCUUUGGAAUGAUCAUAUUCUUAUUCUUUGAUUUCUAUCAAGUUAUAAGUGUAAAUUUUUUAAGUGGGUUGUAAUGCAAAAGUAGUAGUAUUCGAAUCUACAUUUUUAGAAUUUUAAA